AUGGCGGAACCUGAUGACUCUGAGCUCUCUGGGUCUGGAGAUAUUGAUGAGUCAAGGGACCCCAAGAUCAUCCCUGAAGUGAUCCAACCCUUGGUGCUUCUAGAUAACCACAUCCCUGAGAGGGCAGGGCCUGGGAACCGUCCCACUGAAACCAAGGAACUGGAGGAGAACGAGAUCAUCCCCAGGAGGAUCUCACCCUCUGCGGGGGACCAGGAUGUGUCCAAUAAGGCACCCAUGUCCAACACUGCCCAGGGCAGCAACAUCUUUGAGAGAAUGGAGGUCGUGGCAGUCCUGAUUGUGGACAGCAUCGCGGGCAUCCUCUCUGCUGUUUUCCUGAUCCUGCUUCUGGUGAACCAUAUGAAGAAGGGUGAAGGCAGAAACGACCUGAGCAGGAAGCCCAUCUACAAAAAAGCCCCUAGCAAUGAGUUAUUACGCUUCUUCUAUGAGCACUGGUUUGGACUUUAG